AUGAAGCCCGAGCGAAGCUCGAGUCGGGGCCGCCGUGGCAGAGUCGAGCAGUCCAUCGAGGCAAAUCUGGCCAAUGCGGAGCCGACCUCUCAUGUGCGCAGCCGCAAGUCAAGCCACUAUUUGGGCCUGUUCAAAGAAAAUACCACGUCCCCGGAUCGCAAACGCAAGGAAGAGCGCGUUAGUCGACUUGACGAGCUGCCGGAACCACACGACAAGCAGCAAUUGACGACUCAUUCAGAGCCUCGCUACUCCGGCGAACGUCGUGACUCGCAGUUGCAUAUUCCCUCCGUGUCUGAAGAUACGGGUCUGACAGGUUCCAAGAGCCUUUCGCAUCUUUCUAUUGCUGACGCUCCCCUGUUCACACCAGGCACUGAAGGCGAAACGGGACCACAGAUGUCAACGGAUAAUGUGGUUAAAUCCCAGCCUAAGGCCUUGCCCCGCAGUCUGCUCGAGGAGAUCCGCAACUUCCAUCUGACUCCUGGAGGAGGUCAUGGCACCUCGUUUUCACGGAGUAUUCCGACCCAAUAUGCGGAACGAAACCGAGAUUACUUCUCCAAGGCACCCGAACUUCAUGGCCAUGUCGAGUCACGUCUUUCUCCAUCUGAUGCGGGCCGAGAGCAACGCCGUGGUUCGGGGCAGUUCGAGGAAGAGGAAGAUGAGCAGAUCUCGUCUGCUGUCUAUUUCCCACACGAGCGCGUCACUCUCUCGGAGGAAGUCGAUCAAGUGCAACCUUUUACGGAUGGCCAAGAUAGCGUGGAGCCCGUUGAUAUCCCGACAGCGCAGAGUAGUCACGUUUUGGUGCCAAAGAGACAAGUUGUUCCUGAGGAGCAAGAAGCUAAUCAUGUCGAUAUAUCCCUUCGAUCUAAGAAUGAUAGUAGAAUCCUACACGGCGACCUGCAAGGCAGGCAGGAUGCUCCCAUAGACAAACUUAAUGAAGAGUCUCUUCGUUCCAUACCCGAGCGCCCUGCUGAAUAUUCAACAGAGUCCGAACCCGCGUCCGCCGACGAAAGCGGCAUGUCUGUUCGUGAUGAAGAGUCCAGCGUGACGGAUGAGGCUGAAGUGACGCCGACGGCCACUCCGACCCAGCGCCCCCGCCUGACCCGUCCGCGUCACAAGCAGGAACCAGCUGGUCCACUUGGGGCUGUGGAGUUGAAGCCUUAUCGCCAUCAGGUUGGGGGUCAUACAACCGUUUUUCGGUUUUCCCGUCGCGCUGUUUGCAAGCAACUGAACAAUCGGGAAAACGAGUUUUAUGAGCGCAUUGAGCGCAGACAUCCUGAGAUGUUGAUGUUUCUGCCUAGGUACGUAUAUGUCAAUGCGAUGCAUUCUACCAACAGUGCAGAAAAUGACGGACCGGCCGCCGCGGAUGCCCGCAGCCCUACCAAGAAUGAUACCGAACCGCAACGCAUUUUCAGCCAAAAGCAGGUGACCGGCAUAAUUCCCAAAGUCAUACUCGAGAACAAUCGCCAUAUAAUCCCAGCAGAUCUUUUCUCCCGCGGCCAGCGCCCAAGGACUGCUGACGGUUCGAUUUCGGCUACUAAGCGCUUUCCUGGGGAUUUCGGGCAGUUGCGAGACGACGAGGCACAGAGCUGCCUUUUGGAUGGGUCACAGACCCUGAAGAAAAAGCAAUGGGGUGCCACCACUGUGAACAGGAAGCUGCAAGAACAAGUUCUGCGUGAGGUUUUCAGUCCACCUGCUGUGCACCAUCACCGUCGCCAUGCCCGAGGCCAUCUCAAUUUACCGAGGACAUCCUCAGAUGGCAUUGAAAUCCGGCGGAGGGCUAACCUAUCUGAAGACCAUACGGCCAGCAGUCGCAGAGUUGUACCAGAAGAAUCCGAUUCCACACAGUCCGGGGCAAUCGAUAUCAACAGGCAGGCAGGUGACGGACCGGGUCUGUCAUCUUCAGCAUCUACGGCACUGGAUGCGGGCCACAAUCGCCUCGAGAAAGUGCGGACCGAAGAAUCUCCCCAACGUUCCAGCUCGUUGUCCAGGACCCGGCAGGUGAGACGACGCCGCUCUGGGAGCGGGUUGCAAAGACGGGGAAGCAUGACUUGUGGCCAGCCGGGAGGCGAUCUGCUGUUCUUUGAUGAUGAUGGUUACGGGGGUGAUAAGGAAGACGGGAUUUUCUCCAUGGAGGGCGAUAACCCGGUUCAGCCACCAUCCCAUCCUGUCACGAAUGCUUCAAUCCCAGUAGCCCCAAAAGUCCUUGGUGCAGACCCUGUGCACCUUGAUGGCCGCAUGAGUAGCAAUGUCCCCUCCAGGUCUCCAGUCCCACCAAACGCCAAGGAUGUCGCUGAUGCGCAACUUCCUUCUAAUCCCAAGGAGGCCCAGACCAGGAAAGACGAUCGAGUGCAAUUCUUCCUUCUGCUGGAGGAUCUCACUGCGGGCAUGAACAAACCUUGUGUGUUGGAUCUCAAAAUGGGGACUCGCCAGUAUGGAAUCGAGGCCAAUGAAAAGAAACGGAAGUCACAGAGACGCAAGUGCCAAUCCACCACGUCCCAGCAAUUAGGCGUCCGUCUAUGCGGCAUGCAAUCGUGGAAUGUCAAAAAGCGAGAGUACUCUUUUGAAGACAAAUACUUUGGACGAGACUUGAAAUCCGGUCGUGAGUUCCAGGAUGCUCUUACCCGCUUUCUCUACGAUGGUGCAAGUUACAGAAGUGUGGCGAAAAAGAUACCCGCCAUUCUCGAAAAGCUGGCGAAGCUGGAGAACAUGAUCCGGAGGCUCAAGCGCUAUCGCUUGUAUGCCAGCAGUCUUCUUAUUCUUUAUGAUGGCGACCCCCUGAACCUAGACAAAGCACCUCAGAAUAAUGGCCCCUCUGGCUCGGCCAGUAUGCGAGACACUCUACAACGCCAGGUUUCAGAUGAUGGGUACUCGGACGUGCAGUUGAAGAUAGUUGAUUUCGCUAAUUGUGUUACGGGCGAGGAUGAAAUAUCGCCUAAUGCUCCCUGCCCUCCACAGCAUCCAGAUGAUAUCGAUCGUGGCUAUCUUCGGGGCCUACGAACCCUUAGGAUGUACUUCCAGCGCAUCUUGAAGCAGAUUACCGAAGACGAUUACGUUGAAAGAGGGGAAGGGGAAGCGAUUGCGCUUGGCUCCCAGCACGCCAGUCGCGAUGACUCGUCUCAGCGCUAUUGGGAUGAGAAUGUUCUGGAGACUGACCCUGGCGAGGUUAGCUUCUAG